ACAGCUGAUUUUUGCAUUGAAUUCAUUCAAAAAUAAAUUAUUCUUUUACAAAUUAAAUGCAAAAUUAAAAAUGGAAACUGAGUGGAUAAAGGAAGAACUAACAGUAAGCAGUAUAAUUUGUCGUCUCUGCCUCAUUCAGGAUGCAGAAUAUCAGGAAAUCUUCACUGAAGGAUCGGAUAUUCCGGAGAUUCUUUUCAGCUUGAUGGGAAUCUCUGUGUCGGAGUUCGAUAACUGGCCCAAGAGGAUCUGUAUGAGAUGCCUGAGUAAGAUUAAGGACUUUCAGGAUCUUGCCACGGAAGCUCGGAAGAAUGAAGGACGCCUGAUAACGGUUUUUGGGGAGUAUGAGCUGGGUAAGGCAGAGCAGGACCUACUUUCUCUUUCCCCGAUAUUUAUGGAGUCUGUCAAGGAUGAAGAUGUUAAGGAAAAUUGUCCGGAGGAAGAAUCUCAAGAACGUGAAGAAGAGGAAGGAAAAAAGUUUGAAGAUGAAGAUCAGGAAGAAGAAGACAAAGAAUCCGUUGAAGAAGAUCCUCCAGAGCCUCCAGAUGAUGAUGAUUGUUGGUCACCACCCAGUUGUAGUGAUAUUGAAUCAGAAGUUAGUGAUUUGAGUGAAGCAGAACUUGAGGAAAUGAAGAAGAGAAAACCACCAACCAGAUCUCAGAAAAUCUCCGAAGAUCCCUCCAAAAGCAAUCAGGAAGAUCCAAAAACAUCCACAAAGGAGAAAGGACCAAAACAGAAGAGAAGACCACCCCAAAAGUUCGUUAUGACGAAGCAAACAAAAGAGAAAAUUCGAACUUUCUUCAAGAUGGAGUGCCCUAUUUGUAAGACAACCCACGCAUCAUUUACCGCCAUUAAGAUGCAUUUUAAGCGUGAGCACGAUUGCCCCGGGUACAUCAUAUGCUGCAAAGGACGCCUAAAGUCACAUAAGAUGCUUGCAGUUCACAUGCGAAAGCAUCUGGACCCUCUACGCCUGGAGUGUCCGGAUUGCAGGAAAGUCUUCAAUUCACAUGAAAAUCUCCGGAUUCACAGGCUCAAUAAGCACACUCCCGAGGAAGAGAUGGAAUUUGUCUGCGAUAAAUGCUCAAAACGCUUUGCAACAAAAUACAGCUUGACAAGUCACAUGAUGAUGCAUAUGUCGCGCGAGGAGAAGAAGCACGUGUGCAGCACAUGCGGUGCAGCUUUCGCCCGGAGCUACAUCCUCAAAAGUCACAUUGAGCGCGUUCAUGGCGAUCCCACGAUGAUGGUGUGUGAGAUCUGUGCUAAAUCCUAUACGACGCGAUACAACUUUGAACGGCAUAUGCUGCGGCACAAAGGGAAGCUCAAAAAAACAAUUCCUUGCAGCAUAUGCGGCAAGCUCUUCCUUACGCGCAGUCAAAUGAAGACUCACCUCCGACGCCAUGAUACUUCCACCGCUACGGCGUGCCACCUCUGCAGUCAUGUAUCAGUUAAUGGGCAAGCUCUUAAGGAGCAUAUAACGAAGAAUCAUAUGCCGGUCGUUAAUAAGUACAAGUGCACAAUGUGCGAGAGAGAUUUCAAAAGGAAAGUUCAUCUUCGGGAGCAUAUAGCCAUUCAUACGGGGGAAAUGCUCUACAAGUGCGAUUUCUGUCCGAGGCAGUUCUACAAUGGGGGCUUCCUCUAUCAGCACCGGAAGGCCGUUCAUCCCAAAGAAUGGGCAGAGAAGCAAGCCCAAAAGGGACGUGCUGUGAAAAAUCCAAAGGGAAGAGCAAGAAAGAAUCUUCAAAGGAUAAAGAUAUUGUUAAAAAAAACAAAGAUUGUAAGAAGAGACUCCACGGAUUUUCCGCAUUUCCUGCCCAGAAUGGAAGAUUUGCUGAACAUUAAGGAAGAAUUUACAGCAUCCAGUAUUCUCUGUCGUCUCUGCCUCAUCCAGAAUUCAUCAUACUUUGAGGUAUUUGAGGAUGAUGCCUCAUCUGAGAUUGCUGAAACACUGACAAAUCUCAUUGGGAUCCCCAUAAAUCCCCUCGACAACUGGCCAAAGAGCAUUUGUAUGGGCUGUUUUCAAAAAAUCCAUGACUUCCAGACAUUGGCCGUUAAAGCCCGCGAGAAUGAGUUUCGUCUCUCUGAGGUUUUUGGGGAAUACAAACCGGAAGUUAAAUUGCCCCAGAAAAGCGCGCCAGUUCAUGUAAAACUAGAGGAGAAUGAUGGAGAAAUCAAAGAGGAAGACAGCGAGGGGAUUAGUGAUCGUGAAUCUCCAGAACAGGCAAUUAAAGAAGAAUCUGACGGUGAAACUUCAGCUCCUUCCGGUUCUUCCGAAAUCCCUGAGAAACGCAUCACCAGGAGCAGAAUUAGCAGAAAAAAAGUUCAAAGAAAACGUGGGAGAAAGAGAAAAGCAUCCCUGGAGGAAAAAGAAGAAGAUGUGGAUGAAGAAGAGAAUCAAUCGGAAGUACCGGAAGUUGAUGAAGAUGGAAGGAAGCGAAAAGACACCCGAAGGUUGCGAGAUGAGAAGAUUGAUGAAGAAAUUCAUGCCUUCUUCAAGAUGGAAUGCGUUCUGUGCAACAUCCCGUUUCCGCGCUUUGCAGACGUUCAGGUGCACUUCCGGAAGGAGCAUAAGCGUCGUGGGUACGUUGUGUGCUGCGGGAAGAAACUCCUGCGUCCCAUGAAGCUCUAUGAGCAUAUGCAGGAUCACGUAAAUCCCACAAAGCAUCAAUGCAGCAUCUGCCAGAAGUAUUACAAAUCCGAUCAGGGGCUCCGUGUGCACAAGAAGCUGCAGCAUACACCCCCAGAGCUCCGGAAGUUCCGUUGUGACAAAUGCCCACAGAGUUUUGCCCUAAUCUCUGCUCUCACCGCCCAUAUGAUCAGCCACAUGGCACCGGAGGAGAAGACGCAUAAAUGUGAUGCCUGCGGGCAAGCCUUUGCACUGAAAACCAUCCUCGUGCAGCAUGUGCGUCGUGUGCAUGAGAAUGCAUGCGUCAAGGUGUGCGAGAUCUGCGCCAAAGUCUUCCGCUCAAAGGAUACCUUCGAGAAGCACAUGGGGGAGCAUAUGAACGUUCAACCGAAUGUCCCAUGCACCAUAUGCGGGAAGCUGUUCAAGCAUCGUCUAGCCAUGCAGCGACAUCGCUACCGGCACAACACUUCCGGUUCCCUCGAAUGUCCCAUCUGUCAGCGUGUUGCGGCAAAUCGACAAGCGCUGCAUGAGCACAUAAAGCAUAAUCACCGGGAGCGUAAAACCUUCCAGUGCAGCAUAUGCGAGAGAAUCUUCAAAAGUCGCGUCUCUCUUAAAGAGCAUAUGGCCUCCCACACGGGACAGGUACUCUAUCAAUGCCUCUUCUGCCCCAAACAGUUCAACAGCAAUGCCAACUACUUCCGACACAAUAAAAUGUCCCAUCCGGUUGAGUGGGAGGCUGAAAAGGAGAAGAGACGUGCUGAGAGGAUAAAUGCAGAGAUGAAGGAUAAAUAAAAAUUU